AUGUGUGCUCGCCAAACUUCUGGUCCAGCUUCAGGGUCUUUACUCUGGCCCGGCACAUACGCCGUUACGUAUGAAGCAAAGGACAGGCUGGGUUCUACUUCAUUCUGCACCAGUCGCUUUACAAUCAGUGUUGCCAGGUGUUAUUACUUUGACUCCUAUGGGAUAAGUGUCUACUCUAUCCCUAACGGCUAUGCAAGAUGUUACGGAGGCUCCUACAUCCCAUUUUGGGACUAUUACUACUAUUACUACUAUUACUACUAUAGAACCAAUUGCUACUACUACUGCAACACGGGGUAUACUCUACAAGGCUCGAGUAAUCUCAUAUGCCAACUCAAUGGUAGAUGGAAUAGCCUCAGACCAGUUUGUGUGAAGCAAUCCCCUCCAGCUCCGAUUGUUUGUCCGACUCUAAACGCUCCAGCCAAUGGAGUUUGGUCAAGCUACAGCUCGACUGCUGGUUCCAACGCCUUUCUGUACUGUCGAGAGGGCUAUACAGUUCUACAAAACAGUAUGGUCACUUGUAAUGCUAACGGCACAUGGACGACUGCGGGAUCAUGCCGGGAUAUAAAAGCACCUGAGCUUAAAUGUCCACCAACAAUCAAUGCUGUAUCCAAGCCUAAAAAGCAGCCUGUAUCUGUUGAGUGGGGAAGCUGGAAUGUCUCCGACAACUCCAAUGGAACUGUCAAUGUGACCAGCAGUGCUACAUCUGGACAACUGUUUCCUGUUGGACAGACCGUAGUUUUUGUACUGGCCACCGACUCCAGCAACAACACAGCCUCUUGUUCUUUCACUGUGAAUGUGACUAUUGCCACAUGUGAUACAAUCACAGUGCCAGAUCAGGCUAGGGUUAACUGUAGCCAUGACAACGCUGUCGGAUCAGACUGUUCCUUCUCAUGCACUGAGGGAUAUCAGCUGUCUGGUGCUUCUGUUCUCUCCUGUCUUGAAAAUAGAAAAUGGGAAAACAAGACAAUAGAAUGUCAAAGAAUUGCUUGUAGUGCACCUCCCUCAAUUCUUAAUGGGGACACUAGUUGUCCAAACAACACAUAUGCCUAUGGAAUCAUAUGUCCAUUAACAUGCAACAAGGGUUAUCAAAUUCAGAACAGCACAUCUGUUAUAUGUCGGACAAAUUCAACAUGGACAGUACCAGGAACUUGUCAAGAUGUUGACCCUCCAACAUUCAUAAGUUGCCCAAAUGUGACAGUGUAUGCAGAGAAACUUGGCUACUCCACAUAUGUUUCAUUCACAUCUCAGCUCAAAGCAGUGGACACAACCAACACAACAGUUGUCAUCAACACUGUCCCAGCUUCCAGUCAACCAUUUAAUGUAGGAACAACAAACAUCAUCGCCACGGCAACAGAUCUGGCAGGAAAUAAAGCUUACUGUAAUUUUACUGUCACUGCUACAGCUAUCCAAUGCCCUAACCCAGCAUACAGCAGCCUUGUUGAAAAUGGGACAAACGUCAUGGUCUUCAACUGCUCACAAGGGUACGUGUAUGGAGCUACAUGCAAUGUGAGCUGCAGCAACAAUAUUGCUAUAGUAGGAAGCUCUGUGAUAACUUGUGAAAAAAAUGACACAUCACCUGGGACAGGAUAUUGGAACUACGGAAAUGCUAAACCUGUGUGUGAUGCCAAGUUCUGCAGCAAGCAACAGGCCCCGACCUUUGGAUCAGUGGCGUGUGAUGUCAUCAACCAACAGGAAGUGUGCACUGUGACAUGUAAACAGAACUACACAUUGACAGCAGGAGCACCUCAGAAUGGUGUUUAUGUCUGCUGGAGGCAAACUGGAGAGUGGCUUCCUAGUGUUAUUUUAAAAGGCACAUGCAUUGCUGCAUUGGAUCCAACAGUAGAGAUGACACCAAACAUCCAAUAUUACUCUGGCAACUGUUCAACUUCCACUGAAGAAAUCAAAAAUAAGUUUUUUACCCUCAUCCAGACAACCAAUUUAUUUAAAGAUAUUUGCAAAACUUUUAAUUGCAAUGUAGAUGAAGUCACUGUUACGUGCGGCUCUCGAGGGAAAAGAUCUGUAAAGCGAGACACCAGCACUGCCACACACAUAACUAGGGUUAGCUUCCACCUUCAAGUAUCAUAUUCAAAUCAAGGCAGCGCAACACAAAAUCUGCAAUACUAUGACAACCUUAUUUUUGACAUAAACUCUGCACUUGAUGAAAAAACAGCCAAUGGAGAGUUCAAUAUUCCUGAAGCAGGAGAAACUAAUCCCUACUCUUAUGGCUUUGGCGAUUUGGUUUUUGGAUGCCCUAAUAACACCAUAUUUGUUUACCAAACUGCACUUUGUGCUGGGUGUGGUCAAGGAAUGAUUUACAACAAAACUACCAAAGGUUGUUCUGCGUGUCCACUUGGUACCUACCAACCUUACGACAUUGCUUCAGAAUGCAUGAGUUGUCUUCAGGGCUCCACAACAAAUAAAGUAAAUGCAACAUCUGUUACAGAUUGUUUAGAUGUGUGUGCUGAAGGCACCUACUCUCCCUCUGGCAUUAAACCUUGUGAGCCUUGUGGAAGAGGCACUUACCAACCCAAUAAAGGAGGCAAGGGAUGUGUGACAUGCCCUUAUGGCAUGUCCACAGUUGGCACUGCGUCUUCUGCUAAAGCUGAUUGUAAAUUUUACAAUGUCUUGUUGAACAAUGAGACCUUUGAGGUAGAGAUGAACAAAACAAGUGGAACUCUGAGUAAUUUUACAAUGGUUUUUUGGGUCAACAUACCAGAAAAUCUAAUGGCCAACUACUCAUCAACCUUUAAACUAGCAGAAAACACAGAGGGAGCUGUGAUUGGCUGUAAGGAUUUUCACCUCUCAAUUUCAUCUGAGGAUCUUCCGCUAAGAAGAGUCAGAAAAUCAUGGUUUCACCUGGCUGUCACCCACUCUUUCAACAAAACAAACCUGUACGUUGAUGGUGUGUUGGCAGAUGAGAAGACUUCAUGGGGUCUUUAUAAUUGCUCAGACUUCAAACUUCAGUUCACACAUUCAACAAAAAUUCCUGAGCUGACUAUCAGCGGGAUGCAGCUAUCCAGAACUGUUUUGACUCAGACCUCCAUCUCCUCAUUGGUCAGUUCUUGUGGGCAAGUUUUGGAUGGGAAUAUAUUGAUUUCUCCUGAGACAAUGGCACCACUGUUAACCCCCACCUCAUGUGAUGACACCAAUGCUUGUCUUUCAAAACCUUGCGGUGACCAUGGUGUAUGUAUUGACCUAACUGUGGGGUACAAGUGCCAGUGUGAUGAGUUGUGGACAGGGAGUAACUGUCAGGUUGCACCAGAUUUCUGUGUAGGCAAUCAAUGUCGUAAUACAACAGAGUGUCUUAGCCAAGUUGUAAAUAACAGCUACACCUGCAACUGUCAGGAUGGAUACACAGGACAGUUUUGUACAGUAAAAAUUGUUAAUGGUGCAUGGAGCAGCUGGGGAGAAUGGAGCAUAUGCCCAGUUACAUGUGGUGGGGCUAAUGUUACAAGAUUCAGGACUUGUACGAAUCCACCACCCAAUCUGUAUGGUCUUCCUUGUAGUGAUGUAGCUUCAGAAACAAAGGCUUGUAAUGAUGUCCACUGUCCAAUUAAUGGCAACUUUAGUGAAUGGAGUGAGUGGAGUUGUAAUGUCCAGUGUGGCGAAGGCAGAGCCACCAGAAAGCGCAACUGCACCAAUCCGGCACCAAUGUACGGGGGACUUGAUUGUUUAGGCGAGACGGAACAAACCUCCACCUGUAAAAACAUCACAUGCUGUCCCACUGAUGGUGGGUUUGGCCCUUGGUCAGAAUGGUCAAAUUGUACAAAAUCUUGUGGAACAGGGAUAUCCACGAGAACUAGAAAUUGUGACACCCCAGCACCUCAGUGUGGGGGUAAGAACUGUACUGAAGCAGGGUUUACUGAGAGUACUACAUGUAAUAACAACACAUGUCCCAGUUGUCCAAAACUGACAAGACCAUCAAAUGUACAAGACAUCAUCUGUACAACCAAUGCAACAAACAGCAUGAAGGAAUGUUACAUUGUUUGUUAUCCAGGUUAUAUGGCAGAAAUUUAUAAUUACAGCUGUGGGCCUUUAUCAGGCUAUAACUGGACACAGGUAACACAGACGAAUCCAAAGGGAAUUAUUCCAGAUUGCACAGCUGCUGUGUCAGUGACCAACAGAACAAUGGAACAGACGGCUACAAUAGGUGUACCUACAAUCACUAAAAGAAGUGUCGACCAGACUGCUGAUAUUCAAACAUCGGGUGUGACUGUAGAUGCUGAGGUCGCCAAAAACCUGGUGUCCCAGAACAUUCAAAGGACAAUUAGUGUCUGGUGCACCAGUUGCAACUACACAGUGACUUCUGCAUACAAUACUAACAUGAAACGAGAUACAGGUACUUUAGUAAUUAGUUACACAAUGAGUGUAACAUCUCCUCAAUUAGAUUCAAGAACUGCCACAGACGGAGAAGUAGACAUGAUUCGUCAAAAACUUCUUGAGUUUGAACAAGUCGCCCAACUACUCUUCAACAACUCUGGUGACAUCUUCACCUUUGAAGUAAAUGGUGUUGUGUACAAAGGAAUAGUUAAUGAUGAUGUUAAAAUUUCACAGAAGUGCCCGGUUGGCACAACCUUACUCCGCGCAGUGUGUGCAUACUGUACUUCCGGAACUUACUGGAAAAAUGGCCUCUGCUUGCUAUGUCCUACUGGAACUUAUCAGGAGAAGUUUGGAAUGACCUCUUGUGACCCUUGUCCAGCAGGCACGUCUACAGCUGGAUUAGGUGCUCCAUCAAUCAAUGAAUGUGUAGAGGACCCAUCCAUCUACUAUGACUGUAACAUGGGCUAUUGGUCUGAUGAUGAAAAUGGGCCAUGCAAACAUAAACAUAACGAGGAGGAAAGCCAUAGAAAAUUGGGAAAAAUUGUUGGUGGCACUAUCGGAGCAGCAGCAUGUUUGGGACUUCUGAUACUUGCAAUAUAUUUCAGAAAAGCCAUUUUGAGCCGAUUUCAACACCCGAUAAUGCCCAGUGCCCCACCUCCAUAUACGUUUAUUGACCGGCACCCUGCUCAAACUACCAUGGACAAAAAGGCUCCCACUGAUUUACCACUUGAGGAGCUUCCUCGACCUGCAACAGCUUCCUCCAUAGUAAUUACUGCUGCCUCCUCAGAAAGUUAAUACGUAAUCAGGAUAAGGUACAUUUUGUCUUUAAUGGAUAUAAUAAAGUGCCCUUAAUAUUUAAUACUUCCAAUAUUAUUUUUAAAAUUUUUAUCUUAGCUGUGAUGUAUUCCAAAUUUGGACUGUUCAAAAAUUUUAAUAUCAAGUAUUGUAUUAGCGUUUGUUUAUAAUAUUUUAAGAAAACUUUUUAAAUAAUAAUUGAAGAAAAUUACUAAGAUAAAUCAUACACUUACAUAUAUCACAAUGUAGACUAAUAAA